AUGGCGAGUUACUUAAACCUAGACGAAUUCAGCAUAGAACAACUUCUGGCUCUCAAUAGCAUCGUAGAUAGCGAUGAUGAUAUGGAUACGAGGGUGGAGAACAUCAUAGCUGACAAAAACUACAGGAUUGCACGUGAUGAUAAGGGCAAAGAUCUCUUUGAAGGAGAAAGACAAUUCGUAGACGAAGUUGACCGUGAUAUGGAGGUAAAGAAACCCAGACGCCUUCCCCUGAACUAUAAGGGAAGAAGAGGAAUUAUGCCUACAUGGAAAUACUCUGACAGGCAAAAGGCAAAGGCCUUACUUGUAGAGGAGGCAUACCAAAGCUUGCUGUCAAAGAGUGUUCAAGGAUUACCACCAACGAUGGGAGGUAGAUGGCGCACGGAUGAUCCUCAGGUAAAUGAGGAAAUCAAGAGGAUUGAGAACGAGAGGAACCCUAAGAUCAAGCGUCCUAGAGGUAGACCACCAAAGGUAAAGUCUGACACCGAAGUCAAGAUUCCUAAGAAGAGAGGUAGACCACCAAAGGCAAAGUCCGAUGCUGAAGUCAAGAUUCCUAAGAAGAGAGGUAGACCACCGAAGGCAAAGUCUGGUGUCAAGGUUAAAAGGCAAACCGUAGCAGAAAGAUUCCUGAGUCAAAGGAAGGUAAAACUGUCAGUGCCUGCUGAUAGCGUCAUAACUCCAGCAGGUCCUGGUAAGUUCACAAUUCACGUGGAUCUUAAUAAGAGACCCGUGAGGAAAGCUCCUGAGGCGCCUAAGGGUGUAGCUCCAUGGAGACCUGUACCUAAGCCCAGAACGGUGCUUCCUAGGGAAAAACCUGUACCUAAACCCAGGACUAAGCUUCCGAGGGAAAAACCUGUACCCAAACCUAGGACUAGGAAACCAGUGUCUCCUCCUAAGUUACGUAAGCCUGUAAGGAUGUCGAGGGAAGUUAAGGAGCAGCCGGUAGUGAUUACACCAGAGGAACAUGAGAUAGAUCCAUUUGGAACAGACCUCGAAAAGCCAUUCCACAGGAAAAUCGAAACAGCCACAAAUGGAGCCGUUGUGACUUACUCGAUAACUCCUCAUUAUAUGGACCCUCUGGACCAGAUGACUGCAAGUAGACAGGUAGUGAGAGGAAUACUUGUGAACGAGCUGAAGAGAAUGGGUGGUCUUAAGUACACGGAAACUAUAAAGGUUAGAAUGUCAAAAGAAAUUGGUGACAGUAAAACCAAAAAGGACUCGGUCUACUUCAAAUCUAAAACUGGUACUGCAACCAACUUCGAGGAUAUCGAAAGUACAGCUGCUCAAAACCAACUGACAAUAUUGUCUAGAAUUGAAACCUUCCAAAACUUAGGUUCAAAUUGGAUCAUACUCAAUAUUGAGAGUCACUACGUAAACAUUGCAAUGUACAAACCGCUGAAGGGGAGUUCGUAUAUAAAACUUCCAGUGGAUAUUAGUAAUCCAAAGUGUGGGCUAAUCAAUAUGAAGAACAAUGACAACCUAUGUUUCCUGUGGAGUCAUGUAAGACAUCUGAGACCAAAAGUCAGGAGAGCAACCACUAUCACACAAAAAGACAGGGAUUUCAUAACAAACCUGGACUACAAGGAUAUAGACUUCCCCGUGAAGAUAAGUGAUAUCGACAAAAUUGAGAGGAGGAAUAGUAUAAACAUAUCCGUGUUCGGUUACAGUGGUAAGAAACAGUUCUACCCGAUAAGGAACUCCAAGGCUAAAUAUGACGAGCAUAUGGAACUUCUACUCCUGGGUGAUAGUGAAGGUAACAACCAUUACGUUCUUAUAAAGGAUAUUAACAGGAUGUUGCACAGCGUAAGUAAACACGAACAUAAACAACACUUCUGCUUACACUGUCUUCACAGCUGUGUGAGUGAAGAGGCACUGGAGAAGCAUAAGGAGACAUGUCUGGAGGUAAACGGAACUCAGGCUGUAAAGCUUCCCAAAGAAGGGACAAAAAUCAAGUUCAAAAAUCACAGGAACUCAAUGCCUGUACCAUUUGUGAUAUAUGCUGAUUUUGAGUCCAUACUGGUACCAGAGGAGAGAAAAGUGGAGUCGAACAACCCUGAGGACAAAAGUAGUACAGACCUUUACCAAACACACAAGGCUUGUAGUUUUGGUUUGAAAACAGUCUGCCACUAUGAUGAUAAGUACUCCGGUGAGUAUAAGAGUUACCUUGGAGAGGAUGCUGCAUUGGUCUUCCUAAAGACUGUAUUAAAAGAGUCCUUCAGGUGUAGAGAAAUGGUUAACAAUAUAUUCAAGAAAAAGAUGGUAAUUACACCUGAACAGGAAUUCGAAUUCCAAGCUGCAAGAAACUGCUCAAUAUGUGGUAACGAUCUUGGUGAAGAUAGGGUAAGAGACCAUGAUCAUGUAACUGGCCUGUAUCGUGGAGCUGCUCAUAAUAUAUGCAACCUGAAGUACAGAAUUACAUGGAAAAUACCCGUGGUCUUCCACAACCUGAGGGGUUACGAUAGUCACUUGAUUAUGCAGGAGAUUGGCAAGUUCAGGAUGGACAUUAACGUUAUUCCAAACAACAUGGAAAAGUACAUCUCAUUCUCACUGGGAAAAAAUAUUGUCUUCAUUGACUCUAUACAGUUUAUGGCUUCUUCACUGGAAGCACUGGUAAGCAACCUUUCACCUGAGGACUUUAAGAUAGUAGGUGAUAGAUGGAAGGGUGAGGACUUUAACCUGGUAACACAAAAAGGAGUAUUCCCCUAUGAGUUCCUAGAUAGUAUGAGCAAACUCGACACCGAAGGUCUACCGAGUAGGGACAAUUUCUACUCUUCACUGUACGAGUCAAAGGUGAAGGAAGAGGACUACCUGAGAGCUCAAAAAGUGUGGGACCACUUCGGAAUGAAAACCCUUAGGGACUACCACGACCUCUACCUGGAAACCGACGUUCUUUUGUUAGCCGACGUGUUUGAGAACUUUAGAAAAACUUGCCUGGAAAACUACAAGCUCGAUCCAGCACACUACGUAUCAGCAUCAGGUCUAAGUUGGGACGCUUUCCUGAAACAGUCAGGUGAGGAAAUAGAACUUGUAAGUGAUAUGGACAUGUUUCAGUUCUUCGAGAAGGGUAUGAGAGGCGGCACCAGUUAUAUUGCUCACAGACACUCCACAGCUAAUAAUAAGUACAUGGAAACGUACGAGGAGUCCUCCGAAAACAAGUACCUUAUGUACCUAGACGCUAACAAUUUAUACGGCUGGGCGAUGUCACAGUCACUCCCAAAUGGAGAGUUUAAGUGGGUCGAGGAACCAAGCAGUAUAAACCUUGAGAACUACCUAGAGGACAGCAGUAGAGGCAUGGUCCUUGAGGUCGACCUGGAUUACCCAAAGGAACUUCACAACUUACACAACGGUUACCCCCUAGCACCCGAGAGUAAGGAAAUUGAUUCUUCCAUGUUAUCAAAUUAUGCUAAGGAUAUUGCCGAGAAAUUCCAGCUUAAAAUUGGAGGAGUAAAGAAACUCAUAACUUCACUGGGUCCAAGGAAAAACUACGUCCUGCAUGCACAUAAUCUAAAACUAUACACGGACCUUGGAAUGAAACUAACAAAAAUCCAUAGAGCCGUCACAUUUAAGCAGUCACCCUGGUUGAAGAACUAUAUAGACUUCAAUACACAGAAAAGGUCCGUUGCCCGUAACACCUUCGAAAAGAACUUCUUCAAGCUGAUGAAUAAUUCAAUCUACGGAAAGACGAUGGAAAAUCUUAGGAAAAGGGUUGACGUUAAGUUGGUGUCCUCUGAAAACGACCUCCUAAAAAUGACGUCAUCACCGUGCUUCCAGUCACAUAGGAUUAUGAAUGAGAACCUGGUAGUGGUAAAGCGAAUGAAAGAAGUCCUAACGCUAAAUAAGCCGUGCUACGUAGGAAUGAGCAUCCUGGACUUGUCAAAGACCCUAAUGUACGAUUUCCACUACAACACCAUUAAGAAGGAGUACGGUAACAGGUCAAAGCUACUGUUUACAGAUACCGACAGUCUGAUGUAUGAAAUAAAGACCGAUGACGUUUACGAGGACUUUAGAAGGAUAGGUGAAGAGAAAAACUGCUGGGAUAAUUCUGACUACCCAAAAGAUUCUCCGUACUACUCAUCCCACAAUAAGAAGGUGAUAGGCAAGUUUAAGGAUGAAGCUGAAGGAGUACCAGUAAUUGAGUUCGUUGGCUUAAGGUUGAAGAUGUACUCCUACGUGAAAGAAAACGGUAAGGGAGGAAUGACUGCAAAGGGUGUCAAAAAGUAUGUGAUCAGAAACAAGCUCACUCAUGAAAACUUCAAGAACGUAAUAAAGACGAAGGGAAGAAUGAGACACAAUAUGAAUACAAUCAGAAGCGUGAAACAUGAAAUUGGAACCUACGAAUUAAAGAAGGUAACUCUAAGUUGUUUUGACGAUAAAAGAUACCUUCUUGACGACGGAGUUACAAGCUACGCCUACGGACACCACGCAGCGGGAAAAACUAUGGUCCAGGCUGCCGUCGAAGAAAAAAUAGAACCGGACUGUGUUCCCAUAAGGGUCGAAAAAUAUAUUCCCAGACCUACUCCUAAGGUGGUGAUUCCAGCUAGGAGGUGGAAGUUCAAGAAGCUACAACCGUUGAGAAAAAUUGUAUCAAAUAUGAACCACAUAGAAAAUAAUCUUGAUAUUCUUCCAAAGGAGUACAAACAAAACUUGAGAGUGUUGAUGGGCCUUAAGGCGCAGUCGUUAGGAGUGCAGGCUGUGAGGAGUACGAAGGAUGCAUCAUGUAAAUACUUGAGGAAUAAAUUAGGUGUAAAUUCAAGGGUUAAUUCAGCCGGAAACUUGUGGUCUAGAAAGUUCACGAAAACGCAAACGAAAAACUAGUGGUCUAGAACCGGCAGUUCCUAUACUACUCUUGGUGUCUAGAUGGUCUACUCAACGUCAACCUUCGUCCACCUCUUCCAACUUCCGAUCCAAGUGCUGAUAAAAAUGUUGACAUGGAAAUGAAAGCAACCGAAGCAAUUGAGAAAAUGCUUGAGAAAGAAACAAGCAAUACUGAGGUAAUUUGAAUAUGUGAAUUAUAUAUUGCACAUGACGACAGAUCAGUUUAUUUAGUUUCAAUGGAUAAACUACCUUACUUCCACGUGGAAUAUCGAAGUGGAGGUGAUUAUAUAUAUAGAAGCUAAGACGAAAUAAAUUUACCUGCAUGGAAGAAAAAACAGGCCACAACUACAGUAUACAUUGUAUAUAUAUUUGGUGUAUUUCACAAAAUCAGAAUAUCAAUUCUUGAUGCCCUGAUAUAUAUAUAGAGAAUAAUACAUGGGUGCAUGCGCGGAAAUACCAGAUUUAUUACGAGUGUUGAACAUGAUAUCUCACGAGUGAGCGCAGCGGACGAGUGAGAUAUCAUGUUCAACACGAGAAAUAAAUCUGGUAUUUCCAAGCACCCAUGUAUUUUUCUGUUUAUUAUAUAAAGGACAGUCUUUGAAAAGCGAUCAUUUUUACAGAAAAGUGAUAAUUGGAAAGCGAUAAUUUUCACAUGUGAGAUUAUCAUGUAUAAUCUCAUAUGUGAGAUUAUCACUUUUAUCAGUGCUCGAAAUCUCUUUCAAACACUCAUUAAUAAUUCAUAAGCUUAUUGGCAAAUCAUGUCAACUAUAAUAUGUCACGUGCAGUGGCUUUAAACCUGAUAAAACACUCCUAAUCAGUAUUCUUUAUAUAAAGAAUACUAGUAAGGCAGUAUAUCUAUUGUAGUUGUGUCCUCAUUAGUAUUCUUUAUAUAAAGAAUACUAAUAAGGCAGUAUAUCUAUUGAAUUAGUCGUGUUUGAAGUACUAGCAGGAGUGUUUUAUUAGCACUAGCAGGAGUGUUUUAUUAGGUUUCAAGCCACGAGCGCGCAGCGCGAGUGGCUUUAGACCUAAUAUAAAACAUUAAACAGUACAUAAAGCACUAUAUACUUUAUAUAAUAAAGCUAUAUAAAGUAUAGAUGUAAACACUGAGUGUAGUUCCAUCUUUUCUCUAUCUCUUAGAUUAAAAUUACUGAGAAAGGAAGAAGGAAAUCGGCACCUUCAGGAGAAAAAAUAUCAGCAACGCCAACAGCUAAGUCUUCAAGGAAAAGGAAACGAAAACAAGCAAAAGAAAACGAAAACCGCCAGCCCACCACCAGUAAACAUGCAAAAAAGGUGUAA